AGAGUUGAUAUGAUCUCAGUGAGAGUGAGAAUGCGUUCACAAUGGAGGUGCUGUUCCACCAUUUCCGGGUGAUUUAUUUACUGAUUUUGAGCAUUAUCAUAUUCUUUAUACCAGGUGAAAGCGUAUCUUUUAUUGGGGUUACUUCCACACCGUAUGGAGCUGGUCAGGUAGCAAGGUUUGCCUUCCUCGUAAGAUCAGGCUCUUCCACUGCCUUACGAGCUGUCAAACUAGGUGUCAAUCCACCAUCGGAGACUGUUUCGACAUUGGAUUAUAUAUAUGAUUCAUCAACAUUCAACUUCGUAAGCACAAGUAGUAAUGCAGUCGGAGCUUUUCUUGGAAGGGCAACAGCUGGUGAUAGAGAAGAGACAACGAUUAUCAUUCAUGCUUCAAAUAGAGCCUUUGAGCCAUCUGGUGGAAAGGUAACAGUGAUGGCCAACAUAGGAGAUAACAUCACACUUUCAGUAGUGAAUCUUGAUGGUGUUAAUGAGAGUACUAUAGAGUGGCAACGCUUCUCGGACUUUUCGACUGUCCAGAUGGGCGGUGUUGAUUAUACCAUUGUAGGUGUAAGACCGGGGGAUGCUGAUUAUUAUGGGACAUUUCAGACAGGCCAGAGGGCAUCACUCAGAUAUAGUCUCAUCAAGCUUAUUGUCAGAGCCUGUCCAGCUGGUUUAUACAGCGCACCAUUGUGUAAUUUGGUGUGUCCAAACUGCUACAAUGGCGGUGUAUGCAGUGAUGUCACGGGAGAAUGCAUAUGCGCUCCGGGAUUCGAUGGACCAAACUGUCGUACAGAAUGUGGUGAGUCUCAGUUUGGUUGGGACUGCAGUCAGUCAUGUGGAGUAGGGAAUACAUUAUCAUUGUGUUCAGGGAGUCAUGUAUGUCUCCCUGAUCCAUACGGGUGCAAUUGCCUUGCGGGAUUCACCGGGAACCAAUGUGACCAACCUUGUCCUGCUGGUACAUAUGGAGCCGGUUGUAGUGAGACCUGUCACUGUCUAUCAUCAUGUGACAGGUUUACUGGUCAGUGUUCGGAUGGUCAGUGUCAAGAAGGAUGGUCAGGAUCAAAUUGUCAAGUUCCUCCAACAUGUCCUGAUGGAUACUACGGCGUGAACUGUACAGACCUGUGCCACUGUUUGGAUAAUGGACCUUGUGAUAGAAUCACUGCUAUCUGCUAUAGUACAGGUGGUCUCUGUAUGCCUGGGUAUGCAUCCAAUCAAGUUCAACUAGCUGAUUGUCAGUCAUAUGAAGGAUGUUUUGAUGAUUGUAGUAAGACCUGCCAUUGCCAAGGUGGUUCCCAGUCAUGUGACAAUAUGACAGGAGUAUGUGCGGGAAGAUGUCAGUCUGAAUGGAUAGGACCUUCAUGCCAAACAGGUGUUGUGCACUCGUCAUAUAAGAAGGUAAAUCGUGGCCAGCCUCUUGAUGUGAUGUGUGUGUUCCAUUCUCCAAAGAAUAUAUCAUCCUUGACUAUGUCUGCCAGGCUUGGUACAGCCAUUGGCCCUGUGGUAGACUCUGCUGACAUCGAGACUGUUGGACAGUUCUACAAUGUGACGUUCACUAUUACCAACGGGGAAACUUUGGUCUACUGUGAGGUGUCUGCUGAUGGGGAAUCCGCGUCCUCCGGAGUUAAUCUUGAUUAUUUUGUUCUUCCGACAUUGAUGAUGGCACCCUCUGUUGUUAGCUAUACCACUGAGAAUGCUACAAUUGACUGGCUUGGCUGGAAAGCAGAGAAUAAGUCUCUUGAUGGGGGAGAUGGCCCUAUCAUCGGAUACAAUGUAUAUUACGAUGUCGGUAGCACCAUGAACAUGGCUGGGUUUGUAACAUCUGAUGAAGGCAAUAUGAUGGGAAGCUACGUAUACACCGUGAUGGGGCUAUCUCCAGGGAACACGUAUAAAUUCUCUGUAGCAGCGGUGAGAAAAGGUGAAGGAGGAGAAGGACCCAGGGGACCGGAGUCACAGCCAGUUACCUUACCAUUACCAGCUUCAACGACAUCUAUGCCAACAACAGUAGAAAGCAAAACAACCACAGCAGAGGUGACGCUGGCUUCUCCUGCCAAUGAUCAACUACUCUUGUACAUAAUUGUACCGGUUAUCAUCGUUGUAUGCAUCAUCAUCAUCGUUCUUGUCAUGGUAGUCGUUGGAAUUCAGAGAAGGAAAAGGAGAAAGAUGUUUCACGAUAGAAGGGAACGCAUUGUUUUAGAAACUCAAGCUAUGAAUGAAUAUGAUGAUGAACACAAAGCUGAGAACCAUAAUGAAGCCUACGAAGAAAAGACAUACUUGACCGCAAAUCAUGAGAAGGACAAUGAGAAGCUCCAAGGGAAAUCCCCUCAGCGUCCUGUCUCCCCGCCCCCUGAUGUUCCUGACGGUGGACCCACAGAGGGACCCCCUACUGCCAAGCGACCACCUUCACAUAAACCUAAGCCCAUUGUCGUAGCAGACUUUGCAAACUACGUUCAAAGGAAUCGCAGAUCUAGGGCAUUUGAAGAGGAAUGGUCGUUAUUGCCUCCUGAUAUCAGUCAACCAUGUAAGAUUGCCAGCUUACCAGCAAACAAAGUCAAGAAUCGAUAUCGAAACAUCCUGGCUUAUGAUCACUCGCGGGUGGUGCUCGAUAAAGUGAAAGGAGAUCCAAACUCGGAUUACAUCAAUGCAUGCUAUAUCAGUAGUUUUGAUAAGGAAAAGAUGUACAUUGCCACCCAAGGACCAAACAAAGCAUCUUUGUCCGAUUUCUGGCGGAUGGUGUGGAUGGAGAAUGUUCACAAUAUCGUCAUGGUAACCAACUUGUUUGAAGAUGGAAAGGCUAAAUGCUUACAGUAUUGGCCCAGUGAAGGAGAAACUGCAGCAUAUGGUAACAUCCAAGUUACAUGUCACCAUGUUGAUCUGUGCCAUCGAUAUGUCAUCAGGAUUCUAGCAGCUACAAAUGGCUCAGAAUCAAGGACGUUAAAGCAAUACCACUACCAGGGCUGGCCCGAUAAAGGUGUACCAAAGUUUGCUGGUCCUGUUCUCAAGAUGAUUAAGGAUUUCAAUGAAAGCCAAGUAGAAGCAGGGGAUGUACCACUGCUUGUACAUUGCAGUGCUGGUGCUGGGAGAACAGGUGUCAUCAUCGCUGUAGAUAGUAUCUUACAGGAAGUUCAGAAGCAUGAUCAAAUUGAUAUCUUUAGUUUCAUCAACUCAAUGAGGAACAACAGACCCCAAAUGGUUCAAACUCCGGAGCAAUAUGCUUUUGUACACGAGGCUGUGUUAGAGGGACUACUGUGUGGGGAUACCUUGAUGCUUGAAGAAGAUAUCACUGAGCAGGUAGAGCAAAUACAGUGGCCAAACCCACACACAGACAAGUCACCAUUACAACAAGAAUAUGAGAUAUUAGACAUAGUAUCAUCCAAUGUGAAUCUCAGCUCAUUUGGAAGCAGUCCUGAGAAUGUGGCUAAAAACAGAUAUGCACAUGUACUACCUGAGGACAGAUGUCGACCAUAUUUGAUGACCCCUGUAGACCAGGCAGGUUCUAAUAACUACAUCAAUGCCAGCUUUAUGUCUGGUUACUCCAAGAAGAAUGGAUUCAUUGCAACUCAGAUGCCUCUUAAUAAUACUGUGGUAGACUUUUGGAGAUUAAUCCAUGACUACCAUAUAUCAACCAUUGUUAUGCUCAAUCAACUCACUGACAAGUCAUGCAGUAUAUACUGGCCUGUCAACACUAGAAGUGUGACCUUCGGCCCCUUUACGGUGGGUCACAAGGGGUCAGAGAAUAUGAACAGGGUCAAAGUUCGGACGCUAGAACUCCAGUUCAAAGAGGAGGUACAUGAGAUCCGUCAGUUUGAGGUCCAGACAUGGCCUAGUUGGGUCAAGUCCGACGGUAGCCAGGUCGAGGUUGAUCAGUGUAUGGAUUCAGUCCUUCAACUCAUGGAAUAUUUGCAUAGAUGUGAAAGCCAGAGGAAGGGAGAUGGACCACCUAUUCUAGUCCAUUGCAUGAGUGGAACAGAGGAGACAGGCGUAUUUUGUACCGUAAUGAACUGCUUAGAACAACUCACCAAUGAGGGCGCUGUUGAUGUCUUCCAAAAUCUCAGGCUUCUACGACUCUCCAGGCCUAACUUUGUCCCCGAUAUGGAUCACUAUCUUCUAUGUUAUCGGCUGCUUGCUCGUCAUCAGACUUUGUAUGGUCCAGCAGAGGAGAAGGACUAUGAUAAUCGCAUCGCUCCAGAGGGUUUGUAUGAUAAUGUUGAUCAUCGUAUACAAUCUUUAGCUUCAGAAUGCUAGUCUCUGGACAAUGAAGAGCUCAUCCCAUUUUCAUCAUUAUAUUAUUUUGUUUAGUUUUAGACAUUUAUUUUGUAUGAUUGCACAGAAGAAAUAUAUUUAUUGUAUAGGGUCAUUGUCUUUUACAAGUUCAUAAUCCAAGGUAAUUUUUCACACAUAUAUUCUCCAAAAUGUUCUGACAUUUCAAUGUUUUUUUUUCUAUGCUAUCAAAUUGCUUGAUAUGCUAAUGACCAUUUUAGUUUGUAAUUGUCUGAUCAGGACCCAGGGGGGCCACUUCCAAGAAACACAUAUUUUUUUAUGUACGUAAUGCAAUAAGAAUGUCAAAAACACUAAAAUACUGAAAAAGGGUAUAUAUUUCACUAGGAAUCCAACAUGUUUACGGUUGACUUUGCGAGGGUAUAAAAAAGACUAAAAUGCUUUAUAAAGGAUGUACUUUUCGCCCUAACUCUACGUGUUUUUAGUUCGGUUUGAGUGAGGUGUGGGAGGUGGGGCAGUACUAAACCCAAUUUUAGUAAAGGUAAAGCCGACAUCCGUGACAUAACAAUUGAAAUAUCGUUGUACUUGUUUAGGGGGUCAAUUCAGGGAAUACUUGUCAAGAGAACCGUUUUGUUUCAAACACUUGUUAAGGGUAUGGUUUCACAUGUCAAUACUUUAUAAGGGGUGCAUUUUCAGAAUAUGGAAAAUACUUGUUUAGGAUGCUUUUCGAAACCCCAUGGUCGCGCCUGGUAUCCACUCGUAAAUGGAAGUGGCCGCCCCCCCCCCCCCCCCCCCGUUCCAGGAAUAUUGAGUUAUUCCAAUUUUUCAGAUGCUCUUCCACUUUUCAUUUUUAUGUUGUUGAAUUUAGUUUCAAGUAUGUACCAAUAAUUAUCUUACAGUGUGUGAAGUCAAACAAUGAAUAAUUGCAGAUUGUUGUUGAGUAUCUUUUUCACCUACAAUGUAUGUCACUGCAAAUCAACUUUUUUUUUCUUCCAUUGUAUUUUGUAACCUUUGAGCAUGAUUAAAAUACCUACAUUUAUUUAGAGUAAAAGAAUAUUUACUUUGGUUAUUCAUAUUUACUUUUCCAUUAUGGAAAACAAAGUUAAUCAUUUUACAAACAAAAAGAAACAAAAAUGCUUACUCAUUGAUCGUCUUCAUGCCCAUCAUUAAUGUUUUCUUACUUUCAUUUAGUUUUAGACGUUUAGCUUGUAUAAUUGCACAAAUAUAUGUGUUGUACAGGCCUAUCAUCUUAUACAGGGUCAAAUUCAAAUUGUGUUUUUUUAUUUACCAAAAUAUUCUCACAAUUGAAUGUUUUUAAUGCUAUCAAAUGACUUGAUAUACUAACAACUGUUUUUGCAAUUGUCUGAUCAGAAAUAUUGAGAAGCCAUUUUACUUAUGACUGCAAAUUGACUUUCUUCUUCCAUUGUAUUUUGUAAUCUUUGAGCUUGAUAGAUCCACAUCCGUUAAGAGUCAAAUAAUAUUUACUUAUGUCAUUCAUAUUUACUUUUCCAUUGUGGAACAAAAGUUAUGCAUAUAAAAUCUUCGAAGACAUUUCACCUAAGAAAAAAAAUGCUCACUCAUUGAUUUUCUUCAUGCCUAACAUUGAUGUUUUCUUGAAUAUUGUUCUAGUUGCCUAUGGAAACCAAAUUUCUGUGUAUUCAUGUUUGCAUAGACCAAAUCAAUUAUCUCAUGUCAUGUACAUGUAAAAGAAAUCUCACCAAAAUUGAAAGCCUUGACAGAACUCACAGUCGGCCAUGGACACAAUGUGAAGUCCUUUAUCAUCAAUACUUUUUUUUUCAAAGUUUGUGAAUGCUGCUUACCAAGAUACAUGUAUAUCUAUACUUUAUUUUUUAGUGACUAAUAUUGACUGGUUCAGGGGGGCGUUUCAUGAAAGGACUUGUUGGAAGUUUUAUCCACAAGUCCCAUUUUAUCCGACAGUUACCAUAGUAACAGUACCUCUAAGCCAAUCAACAUCAGAGAAAGAUGUCAGAUCUGACAACUUGUCGGAUGAAAAUGUUGAUGAAACACUCCCCUGAUCUCUCCUAGGGGGGGGGGGUGUUUCAAGAGACUAACUUGUAAUUGAUUGCAGAGUUUGGUGGUCAGCUUACCUUUAAUAUCUCAACUUUGAUAGAUAAAUAUUAAUGAACAGCAAAUCAAUUCAUGCUUAUGGUUUAAAAAAAAGACACCAUUGAUCAGUAACAAAUUUGAAGUAAUUGUGAAACAUAAUUUAUUUUUGGAUAUUUGACUUGCAAUCUGUCGCAAGUUUCUUCAGUACCCCUUUUUGAUAUGAGAUUAGACAAUGCUAAGCAAUUCAGCAUCUUCAUGUGUCAGAGUCAAAUGGUAUUGAAUUACAAACAUGGUCAGUAUUUGCAUUGUAAUUUGUGAUAUUAAAACAUUCCAGACCUAACCAACCACCCCCCCCCC